AUAACCGCCUUGUGUAGAAACUGAGAAGCAUGGCUGCCAUCUUGGACGUUAAACUACCUAUAGGCUACCUAUUGUUGCGCUUCCACCCUAGCUUGAGCCGCAAUGGACCCAGUGGCACUGACUCCCACCCGUGAAAACAGACAAACGGGCAUCAUGGGGCGGAACAAUUGAGCAGUUUCCGAAAUCUCUUUCCUAGCCUGGGAUAGAAAGAAGAGGGGAAAAUACUUCAGUUUAUUUACUUCAGUUUAUUUCCAUUUCAUAAAUUACACACAGGUUUAGGUGACCAGCAACAGUGACCAUGUCUCAGUCUGGAGAGAAAGGGAAGUUCCCUGAGGCGGCGGGAUAUGUGGGUUUUGCCAACCUGCCCAACCAGGUACACAGGAAGUCUGUGAAGAAGGGAUUUGAGUUCACCCUCAUGGUCGUUGGAGAGUCUGGUUUGGGCAAGUCUACGCUGAUCAACAGCCUGUUUCUGACAGACCUCUACCCAGAGAGAUACAUCCCUGGGGCCGCAGAGAAGAUUGAGCGGACGGUGCAGAUAGAAGCCAGUACGGUGGAGAUUGAAGAGAGAGGAGUGAAGCUCCGUCUUACUGUGGUCGACACCCCCGGAUACGGAGAUGCCAUCAACAGCCAGGACUGCUUUAAGACCAUCAUCCAGUACAUUGAUAACCAGUUUGAGCGUUACCUUCAUGACGAGAGUGGCCUGAACCGCAGACACAUCGUAGACAACCGAGUCCACUGCUGCUUCUACUUUAUCUCUCCCUUUGGACACGGUCUGAAGCCUCUGGAUGUGGAGUUUAUGAAGGCCAUCCACAGCAAGGUCAACAUUGUACCUGUCAUCGCUAAAGCUGACACACUCACACUGAAAGAGAGAGAUCGCCUUAAGAGGAGGAUCCUGGAUGAGAUUGCAGAGCAUGGCAUCAGGAUCUACCAACUGCCAGACGCUGACUCAGAUGAGGAUGAAGAGUUCAAGGAGCAGACACGAAUACUCAAGGCGAGCAUUCCGUUUGCUGUGAUUGGUUCAAACCAGCUGAUUGAGGUGAAAGGAAAGAAGAUCAGAGGUCGUCUCUACCCCUGGGGGGUCGUAGAGGUGGAGAACCCCGAUCACAACGACUUCCUCAAACUACGCACCAUGCUUGUCACCCACAUGCAGGACCUCCAGGAGGUCACUCAGGACCUGCACUAUGAGAACUUCCGCUCAGAGAGACUGAAGAGAGCUGGCAGAGCUGGGGAGGAGGAUGUGAUGGACAAAGACCAGAUUCUCCUGCAGAAGGAGGCUGAGCUGAGGCGUAUGCAGGAGAUGAUUUCCCAGAUGCAGGCACAGAUGAAGAUGAAGGGAGACGAGUGAAAAGAGAGGGAUUGAAAGAGGGAGUGGGCGAAGAGAUGCAUCUGCAUCUCCAUCAUGGACGUACUGCUGGACACACACAUCACCCCCUAUCCCUCAGUGUGUCAGUCAAGCAAUCAAUCAACCAACCAAUUGGAAGUUCUCCUCACUAACCUCAUUUUAAUGAUAAAAUCUUCAAUAUGGCCUCUAUUUCACCAUGGUACUGAGAUCCACUGAUCUGCGAGUCUGUGUUUUGGGAACUGUUACUCACGUUGUAACACGUUUCAUACUGAGAUAUGUUUGUCCGGAGUGUUAUCCUUUAUUGUGUAAUGUUAUGAUAUGGGUUAUGAUAUAAUGUUAAGGCAUACUGUAAAGACAAUAAUUCCAUGUUCUCCCAAUAGGUGACUAAAGAUUAUGUCUAUUUGUU